AUGCAACGGACACUUACGGUGUUAUCGCGGUCUGCUUGGAAAGGUCCAUUUUUUGUAAAGCUUCCCGAAUUUCGCCAGGCCCAAACCACCGGACAACCUAUAAAAACCACAGCUCGCUCAUGUACAAUAUUACCAAUAUUUGUAGGUCUGAAGUUUUUAGUACAUAAUGGUAAAGAUUAUAUACCAGUUACGGUCACUGAAGAAAUGGUUGGGCAUAAGCUCGGUGAAUUUUCACCGACUAGAAAGAAGGUGUAG